AUGAUAACCCAAAGUAAACCUCCUACCUACCAGGGAGAACCUGACCUAACUAUCCUUGAAAACUUGUUGAGAGAGUUCAAUAAGUUGUUUAUGGCAGUAGCAUGUCGUAAUGAGUCCAAAAAAGCUGAUGAGUUCUUGGAACUUAAGAUGGGAAGUAUGUCGGUGAUAGAGUAUUACACUAAGUUUAUCGAGUUGUCUAGGUUUGGUAAAGAUACUAUGGCUACUGAUAGGCAGAAAGCUAGAAGGUUUGAGAGGGAAUUGCCUCUUUCUCUCCAAGGUAGGGCAGCGCAUUUACAUGCGUUGGAGUUGAAGGAAAAAGCUGAAAAGUAUGAGUUGGAAGCUAGGGAGAAAAGAAAAGAGCCUAUGACCAGUUCUAGACCAUAUGGAAACCAGAACAACUUUGAGAAGCAGAAGUUUAAUCACCACCAAGAAAAUCCACUUAAAAUGGCUCAGGGAGAGCUCGUAACCCAUUGGAGGCAAGGAAAACCCAAACACACUAAGAUCAUUUCUGUGAUGAAGUUGGAAAAGUAUAUGAAGAAAGGGAACCCAAUCUAUUUAUGUAGUGUGAGAAACUUGGAAUAUGAGGAACCAUCUAAACCUGAGGAUAUUGAGGUGGUGAAGCAAUUCUCAGAUGUGUUUCCAGAAGAGAUUCCAGAUAUGCCGCCAAAAUGA